GAAGCGGAAGCGGCGAGUCUCCAUGGCGGCAGCGGCGGCGGCGGCGGCGGGGCCGGUGUUUUGGAGGCGGCUGCUGGGCCUCCUGCCUGGCCGCCCGGGACUAGCCGCCCUCCUGGGGCGCCUGUCUGACCGCCUCGGUAGGAACCGAGACCGCCGGCGCAGGAGGUCACCAUGGCUGUUGUUGGCUCCCUUGCUGUCCCCAGCUGCCCCCCAGGUCCCUUCCCCACCUUGCUGCCUCUGUCCAGAGGGUGUACAUAGGUUCCAGUGGAUCCGGAACCUGGUUCCAGAGUUUGGCGUCUCCAGCUCUCACGUCAGAGUGCUCUCCUCCCCGGGAGAGUUCUUCGAACUCAUGAAGGGGCAGAUAAAAGUAGCCAAGAAGCGGGUUGUGAUGGCGUCUCUCUAUCUGGGCGUAGGACCUUUGGAACAGGAACUGGUGGAUUGCCUGGAAAGUACUCUAGAAAAGUCAUUGCAAGCACAAUUUCCUUCUGACCUCAAGGUCUCCAUUCUCCUGGACUUUACCAGGGGCUCAAGAGGCAGGAAGAACUCACGCACAAUGCUGCUGCCACUCCUGCAGAGGUUUCCAGAGCAGGUCCGAGUCUCCCUCUUCCACACUCCAAAUCUCCGAGGACUUCUCCGACUCCUUAUCCCUGAGCGCUUCAACGAGACCAUUGGCCUCCAGCACAUCAAAGUAUACCUCUUUGACAACAAUGUUAUCUUGAGUGGUGCAAACCUGAGUGACUCCUACUUCACCAAUCGCCAGGACCGCUACGUGUUCUUGCAGGACUGUGCAGAGAUCGCUGACUUCUUUACAGAGCUGGUGGACGCGGUGGGGGACGUGUCCCUGCAGCUGCAAGGGGACAACACUGUGCAGAUGGUGGAUGGGAUGGUGCAUCCUUACAAAGGUGACCGGGCUGCUUACUGCAAGGCGGCCAAUAAGCGGGUCAUGGAUGUGAUCCACUCAGCCAGAACACGGCAGCAGAUGCUGCAUGCCCAGACCUUCCAUAGUGACUCCUUGUUGACCCAGGAAGAGGCAGCGGCCGCUGGUGAUCGGAGACCAGCGCCUGAUACCUGGAUUUAUCCGCUGAUCCAAAUGAAGCCCUUCGAGAUCCAGAUUGAUGAGAUUGUCACUGAGACCCUGCUGACUGAGGCCGAGCAAGGUGCCAGGGUCUACCUCACCACUGGCUACUUCAACCUGACCCAGGCCUACAUGGACCUGGUCUUGGGCACGUGGGUCAAGUACCAGAUCCUGCUGGCCUCCCCAGAGGUGAAUGGCUUCUUUGGGGCCAAGGGUGUGGCUGGUGCCAUCCCAGCAGCCUAUGUACACAUUGAGCGGCAGUUCUACAGUGAGGUGUGCAGCCUGGGGCAGCAGGAGCGGGUCCAGCUACAGGAGUACUGGCGGAGGGGCUGGACGUUUCAUGCCAAAGGUCAGUUCACCGGGACCUGGAGGCCCAGAUUGCCAUCGUGACGGAGAGCCGAGCCCUGCAGCAGCAGCUCCACCAGGAGCAAGAGCAGCUCUACCUGCGCUCAGGCGUGGUGUCUUCUGCCACCUUUGAGCAGCCGAGUCGCCAGGUGAAGCUGUGGGUGAAGAUGGUGACUCCUCUGAUCAAGAACUUCUUCUGAGGACGGACAGGUGCUGUCUGAUGCGCCGCCUCUCAGCACGGUUUUUCUGAGAGCUCAGAGUCUGGCCAUGAUACCCCAACUACCUGAGCACUUGGGGACCCCUCCAAGAACUGAGGACUCUCUCUCACCCCUUCCUUGCUUAUGCACAGAGCUGUUCCACUGAGUUUGUGGGCAGUUGGUCCUCAAGCCUUUGAUGCCAAGUUAGACAGCCAGUUCACCUCUGGUCAGUGCCAGGGCACCUAUGACGGAGUGUGCAGUAUGGGGUCCUAUCCUACCGUCUUCCAGUGGCUCCUGGGAGGCCCCAGGACAAGGGCCCUGUGCCCAAGGAGACAGAAGGUAGAUUCUGUCCUCCCUCCUCUUAGUUGAGCGCGGCCCUGUGGGACACGGUACCUGUGGAGGAGGAGGAAGUGCUCUUGGAUGGGAGCCCUGGCCAGCUGCAGCUCAGAUGAGCUGGAGGCCAGGCUAGACCUGGCUGCCUUGGCGUCUCCUUGAUGUUUUUGUGACACAGUUCAGGGGAUGUGGCAUUCUAGACAGAGGUGCAAUGUUGUAGAUGACAGGACGUGCUCUCCCCAGCAGGACGAGCUUGCUUUUCGAGAGCUGCUGGCCGGGUCCCAAGACAGAUGGCCGGGCAGCCCUACCUGGGCUGCAUGAGCAGUGCUCUCUGGAGCUGAUCUGCAUGUUCCAGGCCCCUCAGGUCCCAGCGCCCCCAGGGUACCCAGAGAGGUCAGGGGUUUUGUGAGUCGUCUGGUGGUUGGCCGGCCUGUGGCCUGUGGGCGAGCUAGUGCGCGCAGGGUUCAGCGUCAGCGCCAGAUGUCUGCGGUGCGGGUCUCCUUGGGUCCUGCUGCCUUGCUUCUCUGCUCACUCAGCCUCAUGUUUUGAAAGAUUCUUUAUUUCAUCACACCGUUUUUUCUUCAUUAUUUUCAUUACAUUUAAUUUUUAAAAAAUAAUAUGUAAAUUUAGAGAGUGAAAUAGAACUGUGACCCACAGAAUGCAGCCAGUUCUUGCUCUGUUUCCCCAGCAGCUGCUUUUGGUUUGGUUCUCCUGAUGGUCACACAUGUCCAUAUUUCUAAACAUAUGCAUUAUCCCCUUAGAAUAUAAGCAAACUCUUCAGAAUAUAUUUAUUUAUUUAUUUAUUUAUUUUUUGGUACUGGGGAUCGAACUCGGGUCCUUGUGCUUUCCAGGCAGGCAGCAGAACCACUGAGCUAAAUCCCCGGCCCACUCUUGAGAAUAUAAAUGAUACUGAAUCAUACCUCAGUAAAAAUGAGCAAAAUUCCUCAAUGUCAUCAGAUAGUCAAAAGGUCUUCCAGUAGCUUUAUAUUGUUACGUUUUGGAUUUAUUUGCUCUCAGUCCCGAAUAAGGACAAGACCUGGUGCUGGGUGCUGUGCCGGGGUCGGCUCCCAUUCUUGGGCAUCUUCUCACCACAGGGCCUCUUGAGCCUGCUCCUCCCCCGUGUCUCCAGGAGUCACUUUCAACCCUUGCUGCCCCGCGUGCGCCUCAGGCUCCAGCCUUGCACGGGAACGCCGGAGCAGCACUGGGCGGCUCAGCCGGAGUCUGUCCGGCACUUUGGUCCUCUGCUCCCCGGGAGCUGGCAGGAAGGAGGGUCACCUUCGGUGGAAUCUGAAGGGCCAUCUGGCCUUGUCACCACAUCCCAGCCCCAGAGCUCCUAGUGUUAGACAGGACAGUGCAGGUUUCAGUGGCAGGGAGCAGGGUGGAGUGGCGGCCAACCACACUGCCCCAGGGGAGCCACGAAUCAGG